AUGUCGUCGUGUGGUGGAUUAUCAGAAAAUUUCUUGCUGAAUAUGGAAUUUGAAGAUACUUCCGAAAAGGUAAAAGCUAUCACCAGACGAGAACUAUAUGAUAUCCUAAGGGAAUUCAAAGGAAAUAAAAUUGACGAAAAAUUUACCCUAUUGGAAGAUAGACUUGCUCAGAUGACGUCAUGUCCAAGGGAAGAAAGGAAUAUGUUAUCUCGUUCUCUUAAGUAUUUUAAUGCAAGUUUUAAGCAGAAAUGGGCGGCAGCUCGUAAUACUGAUGAACGAUUUCUAAAACAUAAUGAAGAAUGGCUUAAAACAUCAUUAGAACUUCUUUCGUGGUCAUCACUGAAGCCCGGUCGUCCAGUUAAACAGUUCCAUGAAUUAAGUGAAAGGAGCAAGCGGCGGAGAACUGAAGAAAUACGGGCUUGCGUACCUGUCGAGGAGUUGAUUUUCGCUGAGCGUGUAAGUCAGGGUACUUUCGGGAAUAAACAUGCUUCAAAGAUGAUUAAAGAAAUAACUUCAACACCGACGAAAGCCAAGAAGAUCAGAAAGAUAAUUUCGUCUAAAAAAGACCACGUGGAGAUGAAAUAUACCCCACAGGAAGUGUUAUCGUUAUUUGUAGAAGGUAACUUCACGAGAAACCAGUGGACCUUAUUACAAAUCGAACGGAAGUACAUCUACCCUUGUUACUCGUUGCUGCAAAAGGUAAAUAAAGAGUGCUACCCAGAUGAAGACAAAAUAACUGUUACGGAGACCAUUUUUAAUGUUGAACUAAAAGCUUUGCUGGAUCAUACGGCUUUGCGCUUUAUCCAAUAUUUAAAAGAAGUCUUAGAUACAUUAAAUGAUACUGAAAAGCAACACCUACUUUUAAUAUCAAAAUGGGGAUGUGAUGGGUCUCACCAAACUCAAUUUAAGCAAAAAUUUAAAAAUGUCGCAGAUGAUGAUUCAAAUAUAUUUAUGAGCUCGAUUGUUCCAGUGAGGUUGGUUGUUUCUAUUGAUGGCAAAGCAAUAAAAAUCAUUUGGCAGAAUCCUACUCCUUCUUCGGUGAGAUUUUACAGACCUAUCAGAGCUCUAUUUGUCCACGAAACGAAAGUUGUCACUAAAGAAGAAAUAGAAUACAUCGAAAAUCAGGCAAAAUAUCUGAUAGAGACUAAAGACAGUGCAACAUCAGUGAAAAUCAGUGACAAUUUUGCUGACAAUGGUGGACGGAAAGCAUAUAAAGAACCCAUAAAAAAGUGGCAGGCCCGUACACCAGAAGACAAAAAAAUUAUUAAGGAAACAAAGGAGAAAGUUCAGAAAUGUUUUAGAGCUGAAAUGGGUCUACUCGUGGAUAUACCUAAAGCAGGCUAUGGAAAUAGUAAUGAUGGAAAUACGUCUAGGAGGUUUUUUCAAAACACAGAAUGCUCUUCUCGCAUCACAGGCCUCAACAGAGAAUUAAUUAACAGGUUUAAAGUGAUUCUUGAGGUAUUAUUAAGUGGUCAUGAGAUUGAUCACCAAAAAUUUGAAAAUUAUGCCCCAGAUACUGCCCAACUAUAUGUGCAGGUGAUCCAGGUGCAGGUGAUCCAACAGGCAAUUCUGCCAAUAAGGCAAUUGUCCGAGGAGGCCGCUGAAGCACGUAAUAAGCAUUUUCGAAAAUAUCGGGUGGACUUUUCACGAAAAUUUUCAAGAAUUGAUUGUAACAGAGAUGUUUUAAAUAGAUUACUUCUGACAUCUGAUCCUUUAAUCAGUUGUAGUCGGUUAAAAAAUAAGCAGAAAAUCUUGCCAUUUUCGGAUGAAGCAAAGGCAAUUUUAAUUACAGCAACACCGAAUCCAAACAGUUUGGACGACAAUACAGUCGAAGAUGAUGACGAUGAAGAGGAUUCUGAUAUUAUCAUUGAAUCAGAUUACACUGACUCCGAAUAA